UCAAAGAAAGUUGUCGUUCCCUCGAAUGCCAUCAGUCGAGUGAUAGGACGCGGAGGUUGUAAUAUAAACGCGAUUCGGGAGGUGUCGGGCGCUCACAUCGAAGUGGAGAAACAGAAGGGCCAGGGCGACAGAAUGGUCAUCAUUAAGGGCUCGGCCGACGCCACGAGACACGCCCAGCAACUGAUCGCCGCUCUCUCCAAAGAGACUGAGAAGGAUUUGUCCGAAAUUAUUAAGUCUAUGGAGCACAGCAGUCAUCGGUUCGACAGCACGUCAACAGUCGACUACAGUCUCCAAUGUUCUGAAAUCUUCAUCCAUGGGCUCUGUUUGCACCACCAGUUUGUCCUCAAACAUGACUACUUUUACGAACCGGUCAUCAAUGUUGGUCAGAACAUCCGCUCCCAUCACACAGUCGUCUCCAUUUGUGAACGCGUGGAACACCAGAAAUACCGGUUCCACUCGAAUGCCUUCUACAACCUCUUUGCCGGUGUCCACGACUCAGCACUUGACAUCACAACCCGUGACCACCAAAUCGACCGUUUCGUACACAAUGGCAGUGGCGGCCAAAGGCAAGAACACGAAGACCACAUCCAUUUCGAAUANAGACGAGAUAUGGCCGCCCGAAGAGGCAAACGUAUUGCCGCCGCGCGUGAGAAGCAAAAGCAGUCGCGGAUCAAGAAGGAAGAGGCCAGGAAUGCACCGCCGAAGGUGUGGACACCCACUAAACUCAAGAUCGACAAGUCUGCCCUAAACGUCGGCCCCCGAAGAUUCACAGACGACCACUUGAAAGACUUGGACUCACUUAUGGACGACGUCUAUAUCACUAAAUUAUAUAAACAAAAGGCUUAUUCAUUGGUCGAGGCGUUAGACAUGCAUCGGGAGACACACCACAAGACAAUCCUCAACGAACCCAAUGCUGUCGUCGAGACCACUAUUGAACUCGACUUAAGGACCAAAAAGAAGACCAAAUUUUGCGACAAUUUUAAAGGGAUUAUGUCUUUUCCAAACAAAUUCCCGUUUAAAGUGAACCGAAGAAUAAUAGCCAUCUGUAAGAAGGAAGAGGACAAACACGACGCUAAGGAGGCGGGCGCUGAUGUGGUCGGAGGCGUGGAGAUCAUCAAAAUGCUGCAAAAGGGCGACCUAUCGAUGGGCCACUUCGACGAUCUCGUCUGUCACGGAGAUCUGUUGGUCGAGUUGGCGGCCAUUCGGGGACUACUAAUGCAAGCGUUUCCCACCAAAUUGAGGGGCAAUUUGGGUUUCGAUAUGAAAAAACUGGUCAAUCAAUUCGUAACCGGAAUUGAGUACAAAUUAGUGAAAGACGAUUUGGAGCUCGACUACGGGUGGGUUCGGCUUCCGUUCGGGCGUUUCGAUAUGGAUAACAAACAGUUGGAACAGAAUUUCCGAUUUGUUUUGUCCACAAUUGAAAAGCAUAAGCCCUCCACCAGUUUAGUUCCGUUCAUAACACGAGUUCUCAUACAAAGCGAGUCAUCAAAGGAAGAGUUUGCGACCAAAUUUGCCGAUUAUAUCGAAGGUUACGACGAAGAGAGCGAUGAGGACACGGAUGACAACGACAGCAAACAAGAUGUCAAAGAGUUGUCUUCACUUUAGAGUCAAAUAUAUGCCAUCAGUAAUAAAAGAGUCAUUAAUUAAAUUCAUAAUAAAUGGAAACCGAUUUAUAACUAAAAUCAAAAGCAAAAAAGUCAAUCAAUCGAUUGAAUAAUAAAUCAAUUGACAAAAUAUACAACC